UCCAUCUUCCUAGCUUGAUUCCUAUAUUCCAGUCGCGUUUCGUUCAGUUCCGUUCACCUAGCUAGUUUCGAUGGCUCCCCUCGGUGACGGAGUUUCCCCGGCAGCGGCUGCCGCCCCUGGCCUGGUUGUCUCCUUCGGCGAGAUGCUGAUCGAUUUCGUGCCGAAUGUGGCCGGCGUCUCCCUCGCCGAGUCCGGUGGAUUCGUCAAGGCGCCCGGCGGCGCGCCCGCCAACGUCGCAUGCGCUGUCUCCAAGCUCGGCGGCUCCUCCGCCUUCGUCGGCAAGUUUGGCGACGACGAGUUCGGUCACAUGCUGGUGGAGAUCCUGAAGCAGAACGGCGUGAACGCGGAGGGCUGCCUGUUCGACCAGGACGCCCGCACCGCCCUUGCCUUCGUCACCCUCAAGUCCAACGGCGAGCGCGAGUUUAUGUUCUACCGCAACCCGUCGGCCGACAUGCUCCUCACAGAGGCUGAGCUCAACCUGGACUUGAUCCGCCGCGCUCGCAUCUUCCACUACGGAUCCAUCUCGCUCAUCACCGAACCCUGCCGCUCGGCACACGUCGCCGCCAUGCGCGCCGCCAAGGCUGGUGGCAUCCUCUGCUCGUACGACCCCAACGUGCGCCUCCCGCUGUGGCCCUCGGCUCAGGCCGCCCGCGACGGCAUCAUGAGCAUCUGGAAGGAGGCCGACUUCAUCAAGGUGAGCGACGACGAGGUGGCCUUCCUCACCCAGGGAGAUGCCAACGACGAGAAGAACGUCCUUUCCCUGUGGUUCGAGGGCCUCAAGCUGCUCGUCGUCACGGACGGCGAGAAGGGAUGCAGGUACUUCACCAAGGAUUUCAAGGGAUCUUUGCCCGGCUAUGCUGUCAAUACCGUCGACACCACUGGCGCAGGGGACGCCUUCGUUGGAUCGCUUCUCGUCAACGUCGCCAAGGACGACUCCAUCUUCUACAAUGAGGAGAAGCUUAGGGAGGUGCUGCAGUUCUCGAACGCGUGCGGGGCCAUCUGCACCACGCAGAAGGGAGCCAUCCCGGCGCUCCCCACAACCGCCGCCGCCCUGGAGCUCAUCAGCAAGGGGAGCAACUAG